AUGUAUGGGAAGUAUCGUGGUACGCUGUUAAUUGCAACAACACAAGAUGGAAAUAGUCAUGUUCUUCCGCUUGCAUUCGCUGUGGUUGAGGGGGAAACAUUAACAGCGUGGUCAUGGUUUUUGGCACACUUGCGUGAACAUGUCACAGAUAAAGAUGGUAUCUGUCUCAUUUCUGAUCGUCAUGCAAGUAUAAAGUCAGCUGUUGCGAAUGAAGCACUUGGGUGGCAACCUCCUCAUGCGUAUCAUGUGUAUUGCGUGCGCCACAUUGCAAGCAAUUUUAAUCACAAGUUUAAGAAUGGGAAACAAAAAGAAAUGUUAAAAAAAUUAGGAUACACCCCGUGUAAGCAUAUUUUUGAUAGAAAUUUUGAUAAAUUUUGUGAGCUUAGUCCCCCAGUAAAAGCAUGGAUUGGGAAGAUCUCAAAAGAAAAAUGGACAAUGGCAUAUGACAAAGAAGGCCGUAGAUACGGUCAUAUGACGACCAAUCUAUCGGAAUGUGUAAAUAAAGUUUUUAAGGGAUGUCGCAAUGUACCAAUAACUGCCCUUGUGAAGUCAACAUACAGCAGGUGUCAAAAGUAUUUUGUUGAUCGUGGUCGUCAAGCACAAAGGGAAAUACGCGAUGGUCAAAUAUAUUGCUCACACGUCAUGAAAAAACUUCGGGAAAAUCAAGAAAAGGCUUGUUCUCACAUUGUUCGGACAUAUGAUAUUCAGAGAACAAUAUUUGAGGUUGAGGAGGCUUUCGACCCUAUGACUCAACGAGGUGGACAUAAAUGGGCAGUUAACUUGAAUGAGCACUACUGUCAAUGUGGACAAUUUACUACUUACCACUAUCCGUGCUCUCAUAUCAUUGCUGCGUGUGGUACUGUUAGCAUCAACUUCUAUCAAUAUAUAGAUGUUGUGUACACAAAUGACUACAUAUUACGUGCUUACUCCGCACAAUGGUGGCCUCUUGGGAAUGACGAUGCGAUUGUCCCAUCUGAUGAGCCGUGGACACUUGUGCCUGAUCCAAGUUUUAUUCGUGACAAAAAAGGAAGGCCAUGA